CAACUAACCAAUUACCUGUCUUAAAUGUCAUCUCUUUUUCUUAGUACAACUCUCUCUCUCUGCAGUACAAUAAUACGACACAAAAUCUAACCCCUCCACCUAUCAAUACUUUUAUACAUAAUUUGAAAAUUCAAGAAUUUUAAUCUGCAAUACAUGUCUCGAUUUCUCCUCAUUCUUGUCUUCUUCCUCUCCCUCCACCUUCUGGCCACCGCACACGGCGGCCACGACGACGAAGACGGUGGCAGCGAUGACGACGCCUCCCCGCCUGUGAAUUUAAGAGCAAAGCCGCUAAUAUUGGUGAAAAUAUGGUGUUUAAUAUUGGUUUUUAUUGGGACUUUUAUUGGCGGGGUGUCGCCUUAUUUUAUGAAAUGGAACGAAGGGUUUCUGGUGGUGGGCACACAAUUUGCUGGGGGGGUGUUUUUGGGUACUGCUUUGAUGCAUUUUUUGAGUGAUGCUAAUGAAACUUUCCAAGAUUUGACGAGUAAAGAGUACCCUUUUGCUUUUAUGCUGGCUUGUGCUGGCUAUUUGUUUACCAUGCUAGCUGAUUGUGUUAUUUCUUAUGUUUAUGGCAAGGAUAGUUAUCGUAAUCAUGCAGAGUUUGAGCUUCAAGAGAGCGGCGAUCGUGUAAAAACAGAUCCCAACGGCGUGAGUGCUGCCUCUGCAAAUUCCAAACUUUCAAAUCUCAGCUUAUUCGGAGACAGCAUUUUGCUCAUAGUCGCCUUGUGUUUCCACUCGGUCUUUGAAGGUAUUGCAAUCGGAGUUGCAGAGACGGAAGCAGAUGCAUGGAAAGCUUUAUGGACAAUUUCUCUGCACAAAAUAUUUGCAGCCAUUGCAAUGGGAAUAGCUCUUCUCAGAAUGCUCCCUGAUCGCCCAUUAUUUUCGUGUAUCACCUACGCUUUCGCAUUUGCUAUUUCGAGUCCGGUUGGUGUGGCUAUCGGGAUUGUCAUAGAUGCCACGACUCAAGGUUCUGUGGCAGACUGGAUAUUUGCUAUAUCUAUGGGAUUGGCAUGUGGAGUGUUUAUCUAUGUUGCAAUAAAUCAUCUUCUAGCAAAGGGUUACGCUCCGCCGCUGCAAAAGUCGGUUUCGGUUGACACUCCCCAUCACAAGUUCUUGGCAGUGCUGUUGGGCAUUGGGGUAAUUGCUGUUGUGAUGAUUUGGGAUACCUAAUGGUUUUUGCUUCACAGAUUAUCACAAGUAGGUUAUAGAAAUAGUAUCAAGAUAUAUUAGAAAAGCAAUUCCUAGUUUUUGUAUUUGUGCACAAAAUAGUUCAUACAAUUCUCAAACUAUGUAGCACAGAAUUAGAAAUGUUGAAACGAAAAAUGAUAUUUUUUACUUGAAUAUAUUAAAUUGGAUUAGUUGCAAA